UCCCCCCCCCCCCCCCCCCCCAUUUCUAGGGUUUGAAUUGGUUUGCCUUUCCUUUUCGUUGCUUAUUCGGUAGCCUAGCUCUCUUUGUCCACCAAACUGCGAUUGCAUAUACGAAUUGGAUUGUAUCUAGGGUUUAUUUGGGUGAUUUCAUUUGACUGUUCGGAGAGAUGGCCUCCUCAACGGCUCAAAUUCAUGCCCUUGGUGCCACCGCUCACUUCACAUCUGGGAAUCCUUCCAAAUGCUGCCCCUCUAGAACUGUGUUCUUUGGAACAAAGCUUAAUAAUACGGUGUCUUUCGGGCUGAAGCUGAAGAGUAAGGCUAGAAGUGGUGGUAGCUCCCGCCGCAACCCUGGUUUCCGCGUGGUCGCGGAAAAGGUUGUCGGGAUUGACCUGGGGACGACUAACUCUGCGGUGGCGGCAAUGGAGGGAGGUAAGCCUACGAUUGUGACCAACGCUGAGGGCCAGCGAACAACACCGUCUGUAGUUGCUUAUACUAAGAAUGGUGAUAGGUUGGUUGGGCAGAUUGCUAAGAGGCAGGCGGUGGUGAACCCGGAAAAUACCUUCUUCUCCGUUAAGAGGUUCAUUGGGAGGAAGAUGUCGGAGGUGGAUGAGGAAUCGAAGCAGGUUUCGUAUCAUGUCGUGAGGGAUGAGAAUGGGAAUGUCAAGCUUGAUUGCCCCGCCAUUGGGAAGCAGUUUGCGGCUGAGGAAAUAUCCGCACAGGUUUUGAGGAAGCUUGUUGAUGAUGCAUCAAAGUUUUUGAAUGACAAGGUUACUAAAGCAGUUGUUACAGUUCCUGCGUACUUCAAUGAUUCCCAGAGGACGGCAACCAAGGAUGCUGGCCGUAUUGCUGGUUUAGAGGUUCUUCGAAUUAUAAAUGAACCCACUGCUGCGUCAUUGGCCUAUGGUUUUGAAAAGAAAAGCAAUGAAACUAUUCUGGUUUUUGACCUUGGAGGUGGCACUUUUGAUGUUUCCGUUCUUGAGGUUGGUGAUGGCGUGUUCGAGGUCCUGUCUACUUCUGGAGAUACUCAUCUUGGUGGUGAUGACUUUGACAAGAGAAUUGUUGAUUGGCUCGCUGCAAAUUUCAAGAAGGAUGAAGGGAUAGAUUUAUUGAAGGACAAACAAGCACUUCAACGUUUGACUGAGACUGCGGAGAAAGCGAAAAUGGAACUUUCAUCUUUGACUCAAACUAAUAUUAGUUUGCCUUUCAUUACUGCGACUGCUGAUGGCCCAAAACAUAUUGAAACCACUCUUACACGGGCUAAGUUUGAGGAAUUGUGUUCAGAUUUGCUUGACAGACUGAAAACUCCUGUUCAAAAUUCCUUGAAGGAUGCAAAGCUUGCCUUCAGUGAUAUAGAUGAGGUCAUCCUUGUUGGAGGCUCAACUCGUAUUCCAGCUGUCCAGGAACUAGUUAAAAAAUUGACUGGAAAGGACCCGAAUGUUACCGUGAAUCCUGAUGAAGUUGUUGCCCUUGGAGCUGCUGUUCAGGCUGGUGUUUUGGCGGGAGAUGUUAGUGAUAUUGUCCUACUGGAUGUUACACCACUGUCUUUGGGGUUGGAAACCCUUGGUGGAGUUAUGACAAAAAUUAUUCCUAGGAAUACCACAUUACCGACUUCAAAAUCAGAAGUAUUCUCAACAGCUGCUGAUGGUCAGACUAGUGUCGAGAUCAAUGUCCUUCAAGGGGAAAGAGAGUUUGUCAGGGACAACAAAUCUUUAGGCAGCUUCCGUCUUGAUGGAAUCCCACCUGCUCCUCGUGGAGUUCCACAAAUCGAGGUCAAAUUUGACAUUGAUGCAAAUGGUAUCCUCUCAGUCACUGCCAUUGAUAAGGGAACUGGGAAGAAACAAGAUAUAACCAUUACUGGUGCUAGCACAUUGCCUAGUGAUGAGGUGGAGAGAAUGGUCAGUGAAGCUGAAAAGUUCGCAAAGGAAGACAAGGAGAAGAGAGAUGCUAUAGAUACUAAGAAUCAGGCUGAUUCAGUAGUCUACCAGACAGAGAAGCAGUUGAAGGAACUUGGUGACAAGGUUCCUGGCCCCGUGAAAGAGAAGGUUGAGGCAAAACUUGGAGAACUUAAGGAUGCCAUCUCUGGUGGCUCAACCCAAGCGAUAAAGGACGCAAUGACUGCCCUGAAUCAGGAAGUCAUGCAGCUUGGCCAGUCAUUAUACAACCAACCAGGUGCAGCACCUGGUGAUGGCCCAACACCUGGUGCUGGGGCUACCUCUUCGGAAUCAGCAGACAAGGGACCUGAAGGAGACGUCAUCGAUGCUGAUUUUACAGACAGCAAGUGAGGGCAUAGGAGAUUUUACCAGGUUUUGGUCACCAUUUUUUACCUCCACUUCUUCCUUUGUUCAUGAGGAAUAAUUUUGUCUGAGUGAGGGGUUCUGAAGAAAAUUAGCUGUAACAGAGAUUAAAAGUGUCGAAACAAUAGGCGUCUUCUCUAAGCCAAGAUCAGAUGCUAUCAGGCCCAAGAUUGUAUUACAUGUCAGCACCUUAGAUAGAAGAUUUGCUUGCCCGAUCUUACAGAUUAUGGUGAUUCUUAUGACGGUGAGUCUCAGAAAUUUAUGGGAAUUCUUGCUGUUUAUUUCUUGAUA